AUGCUGUCUAAGUUAAAACAUUUUCUUUCUUGCAUUUCUUUUCUUGUUCCGUGUCAUAUUAUUCUGCUUUCUUUCUUUCUUUUUUUCUUUCUUUUUCCCUAUUUGUAUUUUCACAGAAUUAUCUGUUCUUUCAUUUUAUAUUUACCCCUGUCCCUUUUCUUUCAUGUUUCUUUGUUUCUUUCUUUCUUUCUUUUCGUCUGUUUCAUUCUUUUGAUCGUUCGUCGUCACAUAAUUCUACCCCCUUCUUUCUUUCUUUCUUUUUCCCUAUUUGCAUUUUCACAGAAUUAUCUGUUCUCCUUUCAUUUUAUAUUUACCCCUUUCUCUCUUCUUUCAUGUUUCUUUCUUUGUUUCUUUGUUUCUUUUCGUCUGUUUCAUUCUUUUGAUCGUUCGUCGUCACAUAAUUCUACCCACUUUUUUCUUUCUUUCUUUCUUUUCAUUUAUUUAUUCUUUUUCCUCUAUUUGCUUUUUUAUUAUCUGUUUCCCUUAAGUUUCUUUAUUAUUUUAUCUUUUCUCUCUUCUUCUGUCCUAUCUUUUCUUAGUUUUGUUUGUUUGUUCUUUCUUUCUUUCUUUCAUUCGGUUAUAUACCAUACCUAUGAAUAUUAA